AUGGAUGAGCCUGGCGAAAGUGAGAUUGCUUCAUCCCCGGUGUAUUUGGCGAUCAGCUUGCGAGCAGAGGUGACGCUGGAUGCCGAGGUGGACAGGUUCGGAAGAACGAGCAGUAGCUGUCGGGCCUUGUUCAGAUCGGCCGUGUCGUGCAUCGUUGUCUUUUGUGCCUGGACAGUGCGUGUCCAGUCGUCUAAGCUGGAGCAUGCUGAGAGAGACGAUGAAAAGAGGCGGAAACCGAGGGUUGACGCUGGUGUUGCCAAUCGAGAAGUGGUGCGGUUGAUGCUGGCCCAGCUUGUCGAAGCCUGGAGCAGGCGCUGCGGUCGAGCGAGUCGUGACAUGCUGGUAGACUCCUAG